CUCUGUCAGUCGCGAGCGAACGACCAAGAGGGUGUUCGACUGCUACAGCCGAGCGAAGCGUGAGUGCGCGGGACCCCCUACCCCUACUCCUCGGGGCCCCUACCCUCCCAGCCGGGCCGUGAGCUGCCUUCGGCCCUCCACUCCUCUCGCCGGCAAUGGCCGCGGGAAAUGGCGGCUCUGCCUUACCUCCCCCUUCCCCUCGGCGUCCCCGGCCCCCUUCUCCGUUUCUGACUCCACGCCUGACGCGCUGUGGGCCCUUACGCGGUAGACUCCUGUCCCCGGGGAGCCGAGUCGAGGCGGCGGGCGCUGCGGCCCGGGGCGGUAUAUUGAGGGCGGCCGGGGAGUGAGGAGUCGCGGGGAGAGGGUCGCGGCGUCCCCGGGACAAUGCGGCGGCGGCGGCCUGCCUAGGUGGGGCGCGUGCGGUUACCUACUCUUCCCCCGCCCCUCGCCCUGAGCGGGGCGCUCUGGAGACUGGGAGAGCGGAUGCGGGCGGGAGGGGGCCGGGGGAAGAACGGCUGAUGUGCAGGGGGAGGGAACGCUUCGAGAGAAGAAAAUGGCGCUUGGUGCAAAUCCCGCCCCUUCCCACGCCGUCUUCUCCGCACUUCGCCGCCUCCCACGCCCCCUCCGACCAACCUGUCUCCCCUCGCCCGAGCGGCUGCUAGCCACGGGGUUCUAGCGGCUUGCUGGGGCCCCGCGACCCCUUCCCUGAUCUUGUGCUUGUCACCUUCCUGUUAUACCGAAGUCGUGUGCCCUUCAGUCCUGGUUCAUUUUCACCUCGUUUUUUUCUGAUCUUUCCCUCAAUCAGCAAAGGCUGAAGAUUUCGUUUCUCUUUUUAAAGUUGCGUUUUGUAUAAAUUCUACAAUAGUGGUUUCAGUAUCAGUUACUUGAAUUACAAGCUGCUUCUCCCCCCACCCCCACAUUGGAACAGGCUCAUUAAGGAUGCCUAAAUCAAAGGAACUUGUUUCUUCAAGCUCUUCUGGCAGUGAUUCUGACAGUGAGGUUGACAAAAAGUUAAAGAGGAAAAAGCAAGUUGCUCCAGAAAAACCUGUAAAGAAACAAAAGACAGGUGAAACUUCGAGAGCCCUGUCAUCUUCUAAACAGAGCAGCAGCAGCAGAGAUGAUAACAUGUUUCAGAUUGGGAAAAUGAGGUACGUUAGUGUUCGCGAUUUUAAAGGCAAAGUGCUAAUUGAUAUUAGAGAAUAUUGGAUGGAUCCUGAAGGUGAGAUGAAACCAGGAAGAAAAGGUAUUUCUUUAAAUCCAGAACAAUGGAGCCAGCUGAAGGAACAGAUUUCUGACAUUGAUGAUGCAGUAAGAAAACUGUAAAAUUCGAGCCAUAUAAAUAAAACCUGUACUGUUCUAGUUGUUUUAAUCUGUCUUUUUACAUUGGCUUUUGUUUUCUAAAUGUUCUCCAAGCUGUUGUAUGUUUGGAUUGCAGAAGAAUUUGUAAGAUGAAUACUUUUUUUAAUGUGCAUUAUUAAAAAUAUUGAGUGAAGCUAAUUGUCAACUUUAUUAAGGAUUACUUUGUCUGCCCACCACCUAGUGUAAAAUAAAAUCAAGUAAUACAAUCUUAACUGUUGUGGCCUUUUUUGAUCAUAAGAGUUGGUACUGUUUAAGGCCAAAAGUAACAGUUUUUAUAGAUCUUUUAGUUUCAACUCAGCUUUUACAAUAAAAAGGAUUUGUAUUGCAUUGAGUUUAUAAACUUUUGGUUUGUGAACUUCAUAUUUGAUCUUUUCUCUUCCAAUCAAAUGUCUAGGCUUGUUUGACUUCCACCCCCAAUGGUUUUUCACUCUUUUUAUUUUAUUUACUUCAUUUUCCUUUAAUAACUUAAUCUCUUCAUGUUCAGUUUUUACUUCACUCUUUAUUCUUUUCUUUGAUUAUUGUAUGCUUAUUUGGAAAGUCAGUGAAACUGUCAAAAUGUUAUCUCAAUAAGAUACUUAUAUGAGAACUACAAUCACCGAAUCUACUGUAUUCAAUAUUAGCAGAUCUAAUUUGAUAAACAACAUGGCUUGUGUGAAAACUGAGCAGGUGUUUGUUUACCCAUAGUGUUCUGUGUAGUUAUUGCUUAGUCUGCAGAAAAUAAUGACUUAGAUGAGAUGUCUGACUUGCUUUCACUUAUUAAACAUGUUCACCAUGGGAUGAUGUCUGUAACAUCAGAUAUUGUUCAACUAGACUAGGAUUUAAUAAAAAUUGUGAAAGCUUACUGGCCUAACAUUUUAUUUUAUAAUAUUGGGUAUGAAUUAUAUGUAGCCAGAGAUGUCAUUAAGCUUUACUGUUAUAGUAGGUAAUAUGGUUAGUUUGUAGGGAAAAGAGCAUAUGAGCACAUGCUUGUGUAUUUUGGCCUUUGCCCCAGUAGAACAGACCAAUGGCAUUCUAGACUUGAUGAUACUAAGUUUUAGCAGACACUAGUAAGUGGUUUGUAUUUAACCAUACUGAUGAAGCAGACAGAUUGAGGCACAGAUUUUAGUGGCUUUGUGGCAAUAAAUAGGGCAUGGUGUGCCUUAGGAAAAGAAUGUUUAUAAAGGGAAUUAUAACUGAAAUUAAAGGAGGCGGCAGUGAAGAGGAAAUAAUUCUCUUCUAUCUAAAUGAUAUACACAUGAUAUUUUGAGAUUUUUAUAACAGCAGUGGAACACAAUUCUAGGUAGAGUAGAAAAAGGAAAGUUUUAAAGACAUAUAAAAGAUUCUUGUUGACAAAUUAUUUUUGGUAGCAAAUCUCAAAUGGUUACCUGCUAUUAAGGUCUGCCAUAUUAGAGUUUUGCACUAUUUUGCUACCAAGUUUGAUUCGUACAUCUAAAACAUUUUGUAGUUGCUUGUCAAGGACUUAAUUUGAAAAUCAUUUGCCAGGCCACAUAGUUAUCAAUUUUUUUAUUCUAUCAGCUAUUCUGUUGUAUUUCUAAAACAUUUUUUAGAUGACUUUUUAAAGUAUAUUUAGCAGUAACCUUAAGAGGUUCAAAUUGGUCAAUCUCUUGUAAUUUAGCCUUCAUCAAAUAAUAGGUACCAGUGUAUUAAAAAUAUGUAUUUUUUUUUGCAGCCCCUUGAACCAGAGUAGGUUCAGAGAAACUCCCAAAAUUUGUACUUCAGACACAUCAUGCUUGAUUGGUAACUUCCCUCCUUUUUUGGGGAACGUGUUUGUGUCCUAUUAACUUAAUUGGAUAGAUAUUUAAAUAUUUCUUAUUUUUGGCACAUGGAAAGGGUAGUUCGAGUACAGAACUUUGAUUUUUGGUGUAGAUGCAGGGGGAAUGAUGGGCAAAUUUCCUAGGUUUAUGUGAAUUUAGGGGGUGUAUGCAUUUUGAAACAAUCUACUAACAGAUGGUGCUGAAAUCUAUUACCUACAUGUUUUCUAGUUGUUUAGCAUUAUGUUAAUGAAGCCUCCAUAUAAGGAGUGUUUCUCUGGCACAGUUGGUAAGUUAACUGCUAACUUCAUUUAAAUGUGUUACUGGAUAUGCAGUAUACUGAAAUUAUUAAUCAGUUUGUGUAUAGGAAAAGAGAACUGGGUUAAAAGAAGCAAAUUAACUUGUUCUGAAAAGAAAGUAUAGAUUAAUUUUGUUUUCUGUUUAAAUUUUAUCUCCUUGGUAAAGAUUUUUUUUUCCUGGGCAAAACUUGGCAUUUUUAGGCAUAGAUACCUUACCUUACAAUGCCAAAAUGAAUUUAAUUCCAGUACUCAGGUUUUUCCCUUUAACAGACUCUAUGUGUAUCAGGGCUUUCUAAUGGGUUUUUCCUCUUCGUUUUUAAAAUGUGAGCAGCAUUUGACCAAUUUCCAGUGCUCUUAGCAUUUUACUUAAAGAACAACCACUACAAAAGAAAAUCUUUGUAAUUUGAUUGUCUUUUGCUUUGCUUCAUUAAUGCCUAAGAACUUAAGAAUACUCCUACCUCAUUAGCUACUCAAGAUGCUGUGACGAUCAAAUCUAUUCUACAUAAUGCGUUUAGAAACAAAGACUUGGGUGAAAAAUGAAAUAAGUAUAUUCUGACUUGGCUAUUGAGGGGAAAAUUCAGUAUUAAGUGUUCCUCACAGGAGAUAUGUUAGCAGAAUACUAUAAAAGUUUGAAAUUUUUAAAAAGUAAAAGUACUUAAAUUUAGGUAUCUCUCCUGAAAUUCUUUGCAGUUCAUUUUUUAUGGCAGUUAAUCCAGUGAAACACUCAAAAGUUUUUUUUUUUUUUUAAAGUGGUGUUUUUCCAGUUAAACUGUAGGGUGAAUAUUCACAUAAUCACAAAUAUGUAAUUCUGUAAUUGUGGAAUGCUUGUAUGCUUUGUUUUCGUACAUCUUCCAUGGAGAUGUCUGAAUAUAAUACUCCAUCUGUGAAUAUUUUAAAUGUUGAAAUAAAAGUAAGAAAUGUG